AUGUCAGAUCGCGACUUACGGCCUACGCGUUUCGACUUGACGCUUCAGCUAGCGCGUCAGUUUGUGGCAGACUACUUUGAUCAAAAUCCAAUCGGGCAACUGGCUAUUUUGUGUGCUCGAGACGGUCUUGCUGAGCGCCUGUCGCUCAUGGGUGGGAAUACUUUCGAUCAUGGCGCGGUGCUUUCGAGCCGACGAAAAUUAGAACCUCGUGGCGAGCCCAGCAUCCAAAAUGCACUUGAAAUGGCACUCAGCUCACUCACGCAUUUACCUAGCUCAAAUACCCGAGAGAUCCUAUUUAUCUCGGCGUCACUUACUUCUGUCGACCCAGGGAACAUAUACCAUACUAUCGAUAAGCUUGUCGACGAGCACAUCCAACUGUCUGUUAUUUCACUCGCUGCAGAAAUGCAUGUUUUGAAGGAUGCAUGUGCGCGCACUGGUGGCGAUUUCAAUGUUGUCAUGAAUGAGGAUCACUAUAAAGAGCUUUUGAUGCAACAUGUCCCGCCGCGUGUUAUAACCGAAGCUUCUUCAUCGUCUCAUUUGGCGCAUUCCAAUGAAUGCGACUUGCUCGUCAUGGGGUUCCCUCGACGAAUUCCCUUUCAUACACCAGCGUCAUUCUGCGCGUGCCAUGGCCGUCUUGUGACCGGAAGCCGGUCGCUUUCCUAUGCUGAUCGUGGCGCAGCUCCUGCAGGCUAUACGUGUCCUCGAUGUGCGUCCAAAGUGUGCCAAGUUCCAACUGAUUGCCCCACAUGUGGCAUAACCAUCAUUAUGAGUACACACUUGGCGCGCAGCUAUCACCAUCUUUUUCCUGUACAGAAUUAUGAGCCUGUGGCUUGGGAAGCAGUCUCCACUACGUCUCCCUCGAACUGCUUCGCAUGUGCAUUUCCUUUUCCGCCUCGUCCUUCUAAUUUGGAUGAAACGUCACAUGUUGUGAUGGACUCGACAUUGGCCCCCUCCUCCAGAUAUAUGUGUCCAAAGUGUCAUCAACAUUUUUGCCUCGAAUGCGAUGCAUUUGUCCAGGAGCAAUUACAUACAUGCCCUGGCUGCACAUAA